GUUGUGGCGUCUCACAUGGCUGGUUCAGUUAUGGAUCUCAUCAAGGUUGAAGUGUGGAGGUGGAUGCUGCUAGCCUCUCUCCUCAGCAUGUGUGUCAGCCAGGAAGCUACAACGCCGGCUUACAUGGUGGCCGUCCCUGCCAUCCUCCCAGCAGGCUCUGAGGCUAAGCUCUGCGCCAGUCUCCUGCAGCCCAAUGAGACUCUGGUCAUGACCAUCUCCCUGCAGUCUCAGGGAGAGAGCCUCAAGCUCUUCCAGGAGACUUCGGACAAGGAGUUUCACCGCUGCUUUGAGUUCCAGGUUCCUCAAGUGCAGAAAGACAUGGUUCCGAAUAUCAAAGUGGAGGUUCGAGGUGACACCUUUUCCUCAACAGAGCUACGGAAAGUCAUGAUUAGACCUUCCAGUUCCAUGACAUUUGUCCAGACGGAUAAACCGAUUUACAAGCCAGGACAGAAAGUUCAUUUCAGAGUUGUCAGCCUGGACACCAGCUUCAGACCUGCCAGCCAACUGUAUGAAAUUAUAGAGCUGCAGGAUGUGAAUAGCAACAGGAUUGGACAGUGGGUCAACACCACAUCCAAUGGCAAAAUACUGCAGCUUUCUCACCCCUUGAGCUCUGAGGCGCCCAAAGGAAGUUACUCCAUCGUUGUGUCUACUGGUGGAAAUAAAGUCUAUCAUAGCUUCAAAGUAGAGCAUUAUGUUUUGCCAAAGUUCGACAUUAAACUAACGAUGGAAGAGGAGAUCAGCGUUGUUCAAGAAGAAUUCAAAGUUAAACUAUGUGCCAUGUACACCUAUGGCCAGCCUGUUCCUGGCACAGCGGAGGUGGAGCUCUGUAGGCCACUGGAACGACACUACUAUGUCCCCGUGCUCAUUACUCCAGACAACCCUGAAGGGGUUCCAGAGUUCAUAGCCCCCUGCCACAAAGAGACUGUACAGUUUGACAAGACUGGCUGUGCCUCUUUGGUCUUCAAUAUGGCAAUCUUUACCAAGGCAGGCGACAAGCCAGUGGCUCAACACCUCCUGCUCAGUGUCAAGGCAGAGGAGGAGGGAACAGGUGUGUCACAAUUUCAAAACAAACGCAUAAACCUCUCCAAUGUGAUUGGAAGGUACUCGUUUAUUGAAACACCAAAGAUUUAUGAGCAUGGAACAAUUGUGAUGGGGAAGGUUAAAGUGGUCCACUUCAACAACACACCAAUAGCUGACCAGGCCGUCUACCUUUCUGAGGGCGAGGGUUGGUCACCACGACUCCUACACAACUUGACUACUGACAGAGAUGGCAUCGCCUCGUUCACACUCAACACUACUAACAGUCCCAAACAGGAUAUUAAACUAAUUGCAAAUGCCAAACCACAGGGUGAGUUCAAUACAUACAGGAGUCCUUAUUUUGUGAACGGAGAGCACACAUUAUCUGUUAUCCGACCCAUCCCCGCGGAGAGUAAAACAAUCAGCUUUCUGGACAUCCAGAAGAAGGACGAUCCUCUGCCUUGUGGGGAAGAAGAGCAGAUCAAAGUGCAGUACACCGUGGUUGGUGAGACGGUCGCAGGGGGCUUUUUGGAUCUCAUGUACCUCGUUUUAGCCAGGGGGGCUAUUGUCCAGCAGGGAGUCAUGAAGGCAAAAGUGCAGAACGGUCCUGUGUCUGAUGGAGAGGUGACCUUCAAGCUGGCCGUCUCUCCAGACAUGGCUCCCUUGGUCCAGGUGCUAGUCUACGCAGUGCUGCCCAGCGAGUCCGUCAUUGCUAACAGCAUUGACUUUCCCACCCAGAAAUGCUUCAAUAACAUGGUGUCGCUCCAGUUCUCUCCGUCCAGAGCAGUCCCAGGAGAGGAGAGCAGCCUUCACCUGUCAGCCCAGCCAGGCUCCCUGUGUGGCCUCAGUGCUGUGGACCAGAGUGUCCUCAUCAUGGAGCCUGAAGGGAGGCUGAACGUUGACAAGAUAUUCCAGAUGUUGCCUUUCACCAAGGCAGAGGCUGUUUCUUAUGAGCUGGAGGACCAGACUGGCUGUCUGCAUGUGCGGCCCAAGAGAUAUGUUUACCCCAGCUAUAGAGAAGAGGAAGUGGACGCUUAUUCUGUGUUUCAGAAAUUGGGAUUGAAGAUGGCAACUAAUUUGAUCAUGAGAGUACCAUCCUGCAUUAAAUUCAAAGGAAGGGAUUAUCAUCACAAUUAUGUGGUGUCCUACAGAGACUCUUCAGAGUUUGAUAUCCGUCCCGUGGCUUUGGGAAUGGAGGGACCAGGACCAGGUGCUGCUCCUCCACCUCCUCCCAUUCAGACUGUACGCACCUUCUUCCCUGAGACAUGGAUCUGGGACCUGGUUGAGGUGGGGGCGUCUGGCUCAGAAGAUGUAGCCCUCACUGUCCCAGACACCAUUACGACAUGGGAGACGGAGGUGUUCUGCCUGUCCUCGGAGGGUUUGGGACUGGCUCCCCCGCUGGAGCUCAACGUCUUCCAGCCCUUCUUCCUGGAGCUCAGCCUGCCUUACUCUAUCAUCCGGGGAGAGCUGUUAGAGCUGACGGCCACUGUCUUCAACUACCUGCCCAGCUGCAUCAUGGUCUCUGUGAACCCAGCUACCUCCCUAGACUACACGCUAACCCCCAUCACUGGUGUCGAGUACUCCUCCUGUUUGUGUGCAAACGGACGCAAUACCUUCAGAUGGACUAUGACCCCCUUAGUCCUGGGGGCUUUGAACGUGUCUGUGAGUGCGGAGGCUGUAGCGUCUCACGCUAGCUGCGACAAUGAGAUUGUGAGUGUACCGGAGAGAGGUCGCAUCGAUGUGGUGACUCGCAGCCUCCUGGUGAAGGCUGAAGGAACUGAGCAGACAGACACCUACAACUGGUUGCUGUGUCCAGCAGGAGAAUCUUUGAAAGAAGAGGUGGACAUCAAACUCCCCCAGGAGGUCAUUGAUGGAUCUGCCAGAGCCUCCCUCUCAGUCUUGGGAGACAUUCUGGGCCGUGCCAUGCAGAACCUGGAUGGACUGCUGAGAAUGCCCUAUGGCUGUGGGGAGCAGAACAUGGCUCUUCUGGCUCCCAACAUCUACAUCUUGGAGUACCUGAGGAACACCGAGCAGCUCACAACAGCCAUCCUGGACAAGGCCAAGGGCUUCCUUACCAGCGGUUACCAACGACAGCUUAACUACAAGCAUUAUGACGGAGCGUACAGCACAUUCGGACAAGGUGCUGGGAACACAUGGCUGACUGCUUUUGUCUUGAGAGCCUUUGGCAGGGCCAAGUCUUUCAUCUAUAUUGAUCCCCAAGUUAUUGAGAUAUCGAAGCUGUGGUUGGAAAAUCGUCAAGAACCCGACGGCAGUUUCAUGAGGAUGGGAAAACUUUUCAACAACAGAAUGAAGGGAGGAGUAAGUGAUGAGGUCACUUUCACUGCUUACGUCACUGCUUCAUUGCUGGAGCUCAACAACUCAGUGUCGGAUCCUAUUGUGGCCAAGAGUCUGUCCUACCUGAGGGCUGGCGUCCCUCAGCUCCCCCUCUAUAUCUACAGCAGACCUGGGCUAUGCCUCAAACAUUGUCAGGUGGUUGGUACGCCAGCAGAACCCCUAUGGAGGCUUCGCUUCCACACAGGUGAAACACCAAAGAUUUAUGAGCAUGGAACAAUUGUGAUGGGGAAGGUUAAAGUGGUCCACUUCAACAACACACCAAUAGCUGACCAGGCCGUCUACCUUUCUGAGGGCGAGGGUUGGUCACCACGACUCCUACACAACUUGACUACUGACAGAGAUGGCAUCGCCUCGUUCACACUCAACACUACUAACAGUCCCAAACAGGAUAUUAAACUAAUUGCAAAUGCCAAACCACAGGGUGAGUUCAAUACAUACAGGAGUCCUUAUUUUGUGAACGGAGAGCACACAUUAUCUGUUAUCCGACCCAUCCCCGCGGAGAGUAAAACAAUCAGCUUUCUGGACAUCCAGAAGAAGGACGAUCCUCUGCCUUGUGGGGAAGAAGAGCAGAUCAAAGUGCAGUACACCGUGGUUGGUGAGACGGUCGCAGGGGGCUUUUUGGAUCUCAUGUACCUCGUUUUAGCCAGGGGGGCUAUUGUCCAGCAGGGAGUCAUGAAGGCAAAAGUGCAGAACGGUCCUGUGUCUGAUGGAGAGGUGACCUUCAAGCUGGCCGUCUCUCCAGACAUGGCUCCCUUGGUCCAGGUGCUAGUCUACGCAGUGCUGCCCAGCGAGUCCGUCAUUGCUAACAGCAUUGACUUUCCCACCCAGAAAUGCUUCAAUAACAUGGUGUCGCUCCAGUUCUCUCCGUCCAGAGCAGUCCCAGGAGAGGAGAGCAGCCUUCACCUGUCAGCCCAGCCAGGCUCCCUGUGUGGCCUCAGUGCUGUGGACCAGAGUGUCCUCAUCAUGGAGCCUGAAGGGAGGCUGAACGUUGACAAGAUAUUCCAGAUGUUGCCUUUCACCAAGGCAGAGGCUGUUUCUUAUGAGUUGGAGGACCAGACUGGCUGUCUGCAUGUGCGGCCCAAGAGAUAUGUUUACCCCAGCUAUAGAGAAGAGGAAGUGGACGCUUAUUCUGUGUUUCAGAAAUUGGGAUUGAAGAUGGCAACUAAUUUGAUCAUGAGAGUACCGUCCUGCCUUAAAUUCAAAGGAAGAGAUUAUCAUCGCGGUUAUGUGGUGUCCUAUAGACAACACACUCCUAUGCAUGGUGUGGCUUUUAGUCAAAUUGGAAUGGCGGGACCAGGACCAGGUGCUGCUCCUCCACCUCCUCCCAUUCAGACUGUACGCACCUUCUUCCCUGAGACAUGGAUCUGGGACCUGGUUGAGGUGGGGGCGUCUGGCUCAGAAGAUGUAGCCCUCACUGUCCCAGACACCAUUACGACAUGGGAGACGGAGGUGUUCUGCCUGUCCUCGGAGGGUUUGGGACUGGCUCCCCCGCUGGAGCUCAACGUCUUCCAGCCCUUCUUCCUGGAGCUCAGCCUGCCUUACUCUAUCAUCCGGGGAGAGCUGUUAGAGCUGACGGCCACUGUCUUCAACUACCUGCCCAGCUGCAUCAUGGUCUCUGUGAACCCAGCUACCUCCCUAGACUACACGCUAACCCCCAUCACUGGUGUUGAGUACUCCUCCUGUUUGUGUGCAAACGGACGCAAUACCUUCAGAUGGACUAUGACCCCCUUAGUCCUGGGGGCUUUGAACGUGUCUGUGAGUGCGGAGGCUGUAGCGUCUCACGCUAGCUGCGACAAUGAGAUUGUGAGUGUACCGGAGAGAGGUCGCAUCGAUGUGGUGACUCGCAGCCUCCUGGUGAAGGCUGAAGGAACUGAGCAGACAGACACCUACAACUGGUUGCUGUGUCCAGCAGGAGAAUCUUUGAAAGAAGAGGUGGACAUCAAACUCCCCCAGGAGGUCAUUGAUGGAUCUGCCAGAGCCUCCCUCUCAGUCUUGGGAGACAUUCUGGGCCGUGCCAUGCAGAACCUGGAUGGACUGCUGAGAAUGCCCUAUGGCUGUGGGGAGCAGAACAUGGCUCUUCUGGCUCCCAACAUCUACAUCUUGGAGUACCUGAGGAACACCGAGCAGCUCACAACAGCCAUCCUGGACAAGGCCAAGGGCUUCCUUACCAGCGGUUACCAACGACAGCUUAACUACAAGCAUUAUGACGGAGCGUACAGCACAUUCGGACAAGGUGCUGGGAACACAUGGCUGACUGCUUUUGUCUUGAGAGCCUUUGGCAGGGCCAAGUCUUUCAUCUAUAUUGAUCCCCAAGUUAUUGAGAUAUCGAAGCUGUGGUUGGAAAAUCGUCAAGAACCCGACGGCAGUUUCAUGAGGAUGGGAAAACUUUUCAACAACAGAAUGAAGGGAGGAGUAAGUGAUGAGGUCACUUUCACUGCUUACGUCACUGCUUCAUUGCUGGAGCUCAACAACUCAGUGUCGGAUCCUAUUGUGGCCAAGAGUCUGUCCUACCUGAGGAACAGCAGCAUGGAUGUGAGCAACACCUACACUACUGCUCUGCUGGCCUACACCUUCAGUCUGGCUGGAGACAUGGAGACAAGGAGUCGGCUUUUGCAGUACCUGGACAAGGUGGCUUCCCACCAAGGGGGCUUUCUCUACUGGUCCCAGUCCUCCUCCACCACCUCUGCCUCUCUGUCAGUGGAGAUCAGCUCCUAUGUACUGCUGGCGUCCCUCAGCUCCCCCUCUAUAUCUACAGCAGACCUGGGCUAUGCCUCAAACAUUGUCAGGUGGUUGGUACGCCAGCAGAACCCCUAUGGAGGCUUCGCUUCCACACAGGACACAGUGGUGGCACUGCAGGCCCUGGCUCUCUACUCUACCAAGGUGUUCAGUCCAGAGGGCUCCAGCUCAGUGUCAGUGCAGUCUCCUGGAGGAGAGGUGCAGGUCUUUCACAUCGACCAGAGCAACAAGCUGCUCUACCAGGAGAAGGCGCUGCCGGCCCAGGCAGGACAGUACAGCAUUGAGGUGAAGGGCACUGCUUGUGCUACGGUGCAGGUGGCUGUGCACUACAAUGUCCCCACCCCCACUGACAGCUCGACACUCAAAAUCCAGGUGGUCCCUGAAAUAAACUGCAGCAGCAACGCUCUGAGGCCCCGUCUCUCCCUGAAGCUCCAGUCCCUAUAUAGUGGCAAGGAGCAAACAACAAAUAUGGUCAUAGUGGAUCUCAAAAUGCUCUCUGGUUUUGUCCCGGAUCCACAGUCUUUGACCCAGUUAAAGACGGCUCUUCUGGUGGAUCGUGUUGAGACCAAAGAUGACCAUGUCCUCAUGUAUCUCAGAGAGUUGAUUUCAGGAGUUCCCAUUUACCACUCACUGGACAUCAUCCAGGAACUUCCAGUACAGAAGCUGAAACCAGCUGUGGUCCAGAUCUACGAUUAUUAUCAGCCAAGUGACCAGGCUGAGACAGAGUACAUCUACCCCUGUGCAGCAGAUGUGUGAAGAGGAGAUUUUGUAAGGACAGUGAUCCUUCAGACAUGUCUCAAUCCCAGUUGGGCUCGAACUGGUACACGGUACAAGAAUGUAUUGUACAAAAGAUACAAUACCAUUAUUAUAUAAUGGUUUUGUAAAAUGAGGUUGUAAUAAUACCUUGCAGUACAAUAAAUGUGUUAUUCUCCA